CGUGAAAUCUCCUUUCGCCAGUCUCUUACCCCAAUUCUCUUCUCCUCCCUCCUUCCCCUCCUUCCGUGUUUGAAAGCCUCUCCGCGUUCAAGAUGGAUCCCAGAUCUCAUCCUUCACGGCCCCCAUCCACCAGCCUACCCCAGGGCUCCACGCCUUUGUCCUCGACACCCAUCUCGAGCAUGCCCAUGCCUCAGUACACCAUGCAGCCUCAAUACCCUGUGUCCCAGCCGCAUACUCUUCCCCCGCUGCAGCCUCAUCACAGUCAAUCCCCUGCCCCUCACUCCUACAUGGGCCAGCCGUACCGGCCGGAUCUGUCGAGGUAUCCCGCAUCUACUCACGAUGUCUACGCGUCUUCCGCGGCUCCUAUCAUGCCUCACACCACCGUGGGUAGCCUGCCUCCCUCGUCGUUCCUGUCCCACCCCAAUCCGCAGGCUCAACCCCAGCCGUCGCAAGCCUACCCUCCGCCUCAUAGCGUGCUGCCUCCCGCGUCCAGCGCGCAGACUUAUCCCCAGCCGAUUGCGCCGGCGCCUCCGCGUGACCGUCGCUCGGACUUCUCCGGCCUUCCGUCUGGUGCUUUCAGCUACUCCGAUAACAAGGGAUCGCCUUGGAUGAACCCCGACCCUGUUGCAGGUGCAAACGGUGCUCCCCCGUAUGCUGCGAAGGAACCACCUAGGACACAGGUUGUUGGGUCGCAGGGCCGCCGCGGAAUUCUGCCGAGCGUUCCGGGACGCGCGACUCCCGUCACGAACGGUGUCAAUGGUACCGCGAAGAACACUACUAUUCCGGCCAAGGAUGCGGAUGGAAAGUUCCCUUGCCCGCACUGUAACAAGACUUAUCUUCAUGCGAAGCAUCUGAAGCGCCAUUUGCUCAGACACACUGGAGACCGUCCGUACAUGUGUGUGCUCUGCAAGGAUACCUUCUCUCGCAGUGAUAUCCUCAAGCGCCACUUCCAGAAGUGCUCGUUGCGCCGCGGUAACCCUACUGGGGCGACUCACCUGUCGCACCCUCAGGCACACUUGAAGCGGUCUCAAGCUGCGCAAAACGCCGUUAAACCCGUUCAGGAUGAAGUCAAUACGACCGUCCCGCAUCCCAACGGUAUGCCGGGUGCUACGUAUGGCGAGGCGCCCGUGAACGGCAAUGGCAUGGCUCCCGGUCGCCCCGGAUAUCCGGAACAGCAGCCUUUGGGAUUCUCCAUGCCUUCCGUCAAUGGGAUGAACCGCGGUCAGCCCGAAGACGCGUUCCCCGGCGGACAGCCCCACCAGCGUGGACCUUGGCUUGCUGCUCCCAAGCAGAACCCAUACAUGGUGCAGCCUGGCGCAGAUGCAAAUGGCCAGCAGCUGAAUGUUGAUCGUCCUCCUAUUGAGCAGGUAAAGCCCCCGGUUGUUCAAGACCCUAAACGUCCUGUCAUGCCUGGACCUCCCAAUCACGCUGGCGAAAUUGACUGGACUUCGAUGUUUCAGCCCGGAGCGUCCGACGGUUACAUCAAUCCCGUCUUCCCCCAGACCAUGGCGUCCGGCCAGGAGCCUAUCCACGCUCACGUCGAUACCGAACGCAAGUUUUACCCCACCACCACCGCUGGUCCCCAGGAGGGUGGGAUGAACGGUCUCUACCUGGCUUCGACCACGUUGAGUGGCGACGGUAAGUGAAGGAGUCCCGGAACUCAACUCCUGCCCCUGCAUAUGGAUGACGGCAUGCUAAUCCCCGGAUCCCAGGUACUGUCCAGCCUGCUAGGCAAUAGUGGUGACUUGGAAGUGGAUGUCUUGAGCUGACCACGUUGAGCUUGAUGUGUAUAACGUCAAGGGAGACGGAGCACUGCGGCCAUAACGAACGGUUACAAAUUGUCUUACUAACUGGGUUACGUUGUCAAACGAUGUUAUGCAUCAGUCUAGCGAUGUCUUGCAAUGCUAGUCAUUUGUCUGGGAGUAUCU